AUGGUAGUGUUCACCUACAUACGUAGAUACCCUUUACGAUCUCUUUUGAUUGUAAGUUCGAUCAUCGGUUUCAUAUAUUGGAUUACAACGCUGAGGGAUUCAUAUUCGCCUGAAGAAAUCAACUCAUUGCUUCAAAAUAAAGAUGAGAGCAUUCUUUCGCUCAAAAAAGUUGAAUUGUCUGUCCAGUCAUUGAAAUCCCCUUACUUGUCUGAGAAUAGUUUUAGAAUAAAAAAUUGGGAUACAAGUGGUGGGACUUUGGUUAAAAAUCAUGACUACAUUAGAUUGACGUCUGAUAAGCAACAUCAGGUCGGUAACAUGUUCUGUAAGCUUCCAAUCCAGGCUGAUUCAUUUGAAAUGGAGGUCACUUUUCGAAUUCAUAGCAAAUCUUCCAGUUUAUUCGGUGAUGGUUUCGCUAUCUGGUUUAUUGAUCAGAAGUCAGACAUCGGUGAUGUGUUUGGAGCUCAAAAUUAUUUCAGAGGACUAGGAAUCUUUAUCGAUACAUACAAGAAUGGGAAAAGAGGGCAUUUUCCUUAUGUGAAUUUGAUGUUGGGUGAUGGUCAAACUGCUUAUGAUAAAGACGAGGAUGGCUUCAGCACCAGAUUGGCGGGUUGCACAGCUAAUAAGGUUGUCAAUCCUGAAAGUGGACAAACGAAAGCUAGAAUUGUGUAUAUCAAGGACGGUUAUUUCUCACUAGACUUUAACUACGACGGUGUUGAUGGAAAAUGGAAAAAUUGUGUCACGCUAAGCGAUGUUCACUUACCUCAAGUAAAAUACUUAGGCUUUACAGCCGAAACAGGAGAUAUAUCACAAAAUGUUGAUGUCAUAGAGAAUAAGAUUUAUGCUCUUUACAAGUCUGAGGGUAGUUUCAUUACGUCAUUUGAUGAAUUAGAAGAACUAAUGGGAAAAAAGGAAAAAUCGAUCGAAGACAAUAAAAAGAAGAACGGUCGUCGUGGAAGGAAUAAUACUAAACAACGGAAGUCAGUUCGGAGACUUAGAAAUGCUGAGAAAAGAAUCAAAGAACGAGAAAAGAAACAAAGAUUAGAAAAGUAUGGAGAUGAAAAUGCUCAUUUUUUCAAUAGACUUCUUAAAAAGGCUAGACUUGUUCUCAAAAUGAUAUUAUACUCAUCUGUAGUAAUUUUUUUACUUUGGGUAAGCUUUACUGUCUACAGAGUACAAAAGCAAAGGAGAAAACCAAAGGUCACUGGGUUAUUAGAUUAA